AUUUAACUCGUUGCAGACUGUGGUCACACUGCGCGGCGUGUUAUGCAAAAGUCGUCGUGAAUUUUUGACUGGCAAAUUCCCUUAUUUUUCAACCAAUUAACAAAGCCAGCCAAGAUGGCGACGGCCCUGCCGCAUGUGCCCCCUAAACAGGACCUACCACCGCCCGGUGGCUACAAGAAAAUUCCCUUUGCUCGUGUGCCGCCCAAGAGUUAUUUUACAGGCUUCACCAUGCUGGGCACCUAUCUGGCCGUCACCAUUGGUGGACUGGGCAUCUACUAUUUGACAGCCAAAAAGGUGAAACGCGACGAGAUUGAAAUGCGCUCCGCUCAGAAUGUCAUCUUUCCCGUGCUGAUUGCGGAGCGCGAUCGCGAAUUUCUGCGUCAACUGCGCCGCAAUCGUGACGAGGAGGCUGAGCUCAUGAAGAACGUGCCCGGCUGGGAGGUGGGCACCUGGUACGGUGAGCCCGUGUUCAAGACGCUGCCCGAGGACACACUGGUCACGCCCAUUUUCAAGGAGUUCUACGCCCACACCGACUGGAAAUCAACCGCCAAGCGCGCACAUCUGAAGCUCUGGUCCUAAACGAAAGAGAGAGCUUGGAAGCAACUGGAAGCUAAACUGCUUGUGAUGUCACUGCGGCUUCUGCUGCUCCUGCUUCCCUCUUCAGCUAAUUAAUUAGUUAAACGUUUUUUUUGUUUUUAUUAGAAUUGCCUAAGCGCUCAUUGAAAUCAAUAACACAACUGCAUUGAUUAAUAUGAGAUAAAAGAAAAGAAAACAAAACUGA